UUACUAAGCCCCUCCUUUUCAACUGUCCCCUGACGUCGAUAUUUAUGAUCUACCCAAGUUUAUUUAAGUGUUGCACUACUUUCACAGCUUCACAAGCUUGACUAGCGUACGUUUCAAGAAAUUUUGUGCAUAUAUUCAUAAUGCUUUAUGGUCACUCUGUGAAGCAUCACUAGGGCAUCUCAUUUCACAAUUUCAUCACAAAAAAUGGAAACUAUAGAGCACAAACUAGUGAGUGUAAAUGGCAUAACCAUGCAUGUGGCCGAGAAAGGAACAGGACCCGUGGUCCUGUUCCUUCACGGCUUCCCCGAAUUGUGGUACACAUGGCACCGCCAGAUCCUGGCCUUUGCGGCCUCUGGCUACCGAGCUGUGGCUCCGGAUCUUCGGGGCUAUGGUGACACUGAUGCUCCAGAAGCAGUCACAAAGUACUCGUGUCACCAUGUAGUGGGUGAUAUAGUGGCUCUUAUCGAGUCACUGGGAGUUGAUAAGGUUUUUUUGGUUGCACAUGACUGGGGUGCCAUGAUAGGAUGGUACUUGUGCCUUUUCAGGCCUGAUAUGGUUACGGCUUUCGUUCCGCUUACUGUGCCUUUUCGGCCCAGGAAUCCGAGGUGGAAGCCUGUUGAAGCGAUGAAAGCCUUCUUUGGUGAUGACUACUAUAUGUGCAGAUUUCAGGAACCUGAGAUUGAAGCUGAGAUAAAGAAGUAUGGGACUGCAAACUACAUCAAGAAAGUCAUAGCUAGUCGCAAACCAGGCCCCCCGUGCUUGCAAAAGGAAAACCCUUUCGGUAAUCCUGACACUGAUACUCCUGUGACAUUGCCUUCAUGGUUUUCCGAAGAGGAUCUCAAGUACUAUGUCAACAAAUUUGAGCACAAGGGCUUCUCCGGACCACUUAACUACUAUCGCACGUUGGAUCUAAGCUGGGAGUUGACAGCUCCAUGGACAGGAUCGAAAGUUAAGGUACCUGUUAAAUUCAUGGUUGGAGAUGAAGAUGUGAUUUAUACGACCCCCGGGACCAAAGAAUAUGUUCACAGUCCAAGUUUCAAGAAGGACGUGCCGUUGUUGGAGGACAUUGUUAUACUGGAAGGAGUUGCUCAUUUCCUGCACCAAGAAAAACCAGAAGAAGUUAAUGCCUACAUUCAUAAUUUCUUCAAGAAGUUUUAAUCAGUACCUGAAGCUAUUUCCUCGCCCAUGAAUGUUGAACGUUUGUUUAAUUAAGUACUUCUCUCGUACUUUGUCCAAAUGUUUAAUGUGUAAUAGCAUCUGUUUGUUCAUCAGAAUAAAUACAGAGAAUUAAAUAACGCAAGUAUCA